GAAGCAUUGGAUUCAAGAUGGCGGACGUUAGAGAGUGAUUCCUAGAAAAAUGGAUUGAAAAUCCUCUAUAUUUAAGCAAAAUGAGUGGAAUGACACCCCUUAGAUUUGUUAGAAGUGCCAUAUUAUCAAGUUUUAUUGGAGCCACAGGUGCAGUGACUUACAACACCUGGAAGAGAGAUAAAAACCGGGCCAAGCAGUUGUUGCUGUAUUCUGCUACAGCAGGAACUUCUGGUCUUCUUGUUGGGUAUGCCAUUGCGUCCUUCAAACGUCGAAAUGUGUACACUCAUGGACUCACUGUUGGAGGAAACUUCUUCGUUAUGACAGGAGCUUUUUUAGUAUUUCGUGAUAGUAUCCUUUUCCAGUUUGGUAAGGGAAGAAAGCAGUUAUUUACAAAUGAAUCACCUGAUUCCAACAUCAAUAUCUUAUUGGCUCGUCAUCCAGUAUCACCGAUGUUUGCAAGUGCUGUUAGUGGUGGUCUUACUGGAUUCAUCUUGUCCAGUGUCUUUUGGAGAGGACCACUUGUCAUUGCUUCCAAUUCUAUUCAAGGCAUUGGUCUAGGAGUCUUAGGACAGUUCUUGUAUGAUAAAUACAGAGUCUGGAGACUAGAGAAGGUUCUGGAGUAUAACUACCCUCAGCUGACAGGAAAUGCACCUAAACCACCGCAAGAAACAGAAUUAGAAGAGAAACUUCACUGGAGUGACAACAUUAAAAAUUUCCUCACAAGAGAGACAUACUCAUCACAAGUCAACAACAAAAUAAGACAUCUUCAAAUACAACUAGAGCUGUUGGAAGAGGAAGAGGAAAAGCUUCAAUCAAGACUUAAAGCUGGAGAAAACAAUUGAGCAAUAAUUGUUGUGAUUAUUAAGAAACCGAACCCUGAUAUAAUAGAGAGGCAGUAUUGCUCCGGGGCACCUUUUUGUUGAGCAACAAGCCAGAAAAGAUAACUGAAUUUGUACAAUCUUUGUAAUUACAUGGAAAGGGAAGAUACACUAAGGAUGUGACAGCUCUCAUCUUAAAUCUUAAUCAUCGCAGGAAAUCUAUGUAUUUUAACCCUGUAAUGAGAAAAAUCAAGAAGACAGAUCCUGGUUGACUUUAUUUUUUGAUUGCUUUGUUUAUAUGACACUGAUCUUUUUCAAUAUGUACAUCUUCAUUGUACAUGUAGGUUCUCCAUGUGGCUUAGAAUGCUCUUUUUACAGCACAGUUAUGCCGCCCCCUUCCCAUCGAUCUCUUCCUUAUGCAAGCUGCUUUGUCCCUUCUCUUCAUUUGUGCUGCAUUCCAUCUGUCCAACUUUUUCUUCCCAUUCAUCUUUUGGUUUCUCUUGCGGUAGCUCUGCACAGACCGAGCUCUUUUAGCUGAAAACUUGUCAUAUGGCUUGAUAUCGUGACAUCUUUUACUUUCACAACAGGAAAGUUCCAUGUUGUCAGUACUCACUAAGCUAUCGAGCAAUUGAGCCAGAUAGUACUGAAGAGUUAAAAAAACCUCUUUGUAGGUUCGCAUCAAGGACUUGAUCCUUCGAGAGAGUCGCACAUCAUUAGCAGGCCAGACAGUGUCAUACCAAGGGGACAGGUCAAUAUCGGCAUACCAUGGGACAAUGCUUAGUUCACACGGUUUCUUGUUCAGUAGUGAUAUAUGGCCUGGUUUAGCCAUCAGCUCAUGCUUUCUACCUCUCUUUCUUCUCCUUCCCAAGCAUGUUACUCUUGUAUCGGCACGAUUCCUCUCCAAGACCUUCUUCAAUGGGUCGGCUCCUUUUGAAGUGAGUGAUUCCAGUACACGUGAUUGUUCAUGUUCUUUCAAUCUGUUCCUGAUGCUCCAUACUCUCACCAUACUAGAUGAGAGGAACUCUCCAUUAGGAUCAACCAGGACUGACCACCCAUCUGCUGACAGGCUUUCAAAUGGAUCACAGAUCACUCUUGAUCUGGUUCGUGUUCUUGGCGUAUAGAAGCCAUGAGAAUCUCGAAUGUCAUUCAAUUGAUGACAGACACUCAGGGUACUGGCCUCAAGAAUGUUGACUCGAUCAGUACCCGGAACGAUCUGGGGUAUUGCCAAAUCCAAUUGCAGGUUUUCCAAACUCUUCUUAAUCAUAACGUCUCUGACAUACUCGUACGGUACUGCACGAUGCUUGUUAAUUAAGCAAGCUUUCAAGGCUUUCCUAACGCACUCUUUAGGAUGUAUCAUUAGUGGAGGGUAAAUCUUCAACCUGUUACCGUAUCGUUUCUUUUUGCGCAUGCGGAAGUCACACCGCAGCGCGUUUUUGUAAGGCAUUGGUAUUGGGUUUGACGUUGAUGCUGGUUCAUUCUUUACAGCGGGACUGACUGGAACAACUAUGUAAUCUUCCAGGACAUUCUCGAUGUUUUCGCUAUCACUUGGCGUGACCACCACCCACACCCACUCGUUAUCAUCCUCGAAAUCCGUGCAUACUAUAUCUAGAGGGUCGUCAGAAUCACCUUGAAGCCAGGAUGACAAAUAGCUUAGCAUAGUGUUCUUCUUGGUAGUUUCCCUCCAGUGGGUGACGUCACAAUCACGGAAUGAGCAAGCUAAUUACGCGCGCGUGCGCGCUCACUUAUGACGUCAUAUACAAAUAAGAUAAAAAACGUUUUAGCCGAAAUUUUUUAAGAAGACCUGAGUAGACGAAGACAUUUAAAAACAUUUUCUUUCUUAUAGGACAUAAAAGAACCUGUUGAAUUAUUAUGGAGCACGUGUAUGACUAGACCGUAGUAGCUUGAUUCACAUUGCUCAACGUUUUCUCUUUCUUCACAAACGUUUGAAAAGAUAAUUUUUGUGUGGAUGAAAUGGGAUUAUCAAUUUCAAUUUCCCCAAUUCUCUCAACGAUCGAGACAACAAUAUACGACGCUGUGUGUUAGAAUUUUAACACACGUCGUCUUGCGCGGUGUGAAUAUUGGACGAGAUCAAGAAGCUUCACCAUAUCACGUCACUAUUUCCAGUUACACGAUCCAAUGCAAACGAGGUCACUAGUCUUCCCUUUUCUUAAGUAAAAGCGAAGACCUCAUCUCUGAAAGCAAGCUAGACCAGCCUUGCGGAUGAAAUAACUAUUCUUUAUUCAAAUCCAACUAAUGGUCUAUCAAUGCUGCGCUCUGAUUGGAUGAGCUACUACUACUGUAGGCUAUAAGUUAUAUCCUAAUACUAGUGCUGGCUUUGAAAACCAAAACAUGAAAUUUAACUUAAAUUCAAAACUCCUUUGCAUCUUUAUAUUUGACCGACUAGUUGGAUUUGACUAAAACAAUUAAUCCUCUCGCACUCGUGGCCUAUGAGUCAAUAGACCAUUCGGGCUGGAGGACUAAUUGCUAAAUAUCCCACUAGGUGCAAUUAGACCUUUACUAACAAAUAAAACACGAAUGUUCUACA